UCAUUGCUGCUUGCCAGGUCCAGAGUCUCUCUAUGGGUUCCCUGUACGGCCUCCCAUUGCUGCUGUCUCCAUCGCCACACUCUGCCAUGUGCCACUUUCAGGUCUCCUCACACUGCUGGUGUGUUCCAUUUUUUGUCAUAGGGUGCAGGGCAGAUUACGGGCCUCCCAUAGCUGCUGCCAGGCCCCUAAUCUGCCAAGGGCCCCUAUACCGCCUCCUCAUGCUGCUGCCAGGUCCAGAGUCUCUCAUGGGUCCCUGUACGGCCUCCCAUUGCUGCUGUCUCCAUCGCCACACUCUGCCAUGUGCCACUUUCAGGUCUCCUCACACUGCUGUUGUGUUCCAUUUUUUG